CCAUCAGGACCUGCAGGAUGGAUCAGACCCUGGAGGUUCUGCUCGCUCCCAGGUCGGUUCUGGUGGUCUCCGCGGUCCUGCUGCUGGUGUCCAUAUGGUUCUGGCAGCGCAGGUCCGGUCCAGGUCUGCCCGGACCCUUCUCGUGGCCCCUGAUCGGGAACGCGGCGCAGCUCGGACACGCGCCGCACCUGUUCUUCGCGCGCAUGGUCCAGAAGUACGGGGACGUGUUCCAGAUCCGGCUGGGCAGCCGGACCGUGGUGGUUCUGAACGGGACCGCCAUCAGGCAGGCCCUCAUCAAGCAGGGUCUGGACUUCGCGGGCCGGCCGGACUUCACGUCCUUCCGGUUCGUGGCGGACGGGGACAGCUUGGCCUUCGGGACCGUGACGGACAGGUGGAAGACGCACCGGCGCGUGGCCCAGUCCACGGUCCGGAUGUUCUCCACGGGGAACCCGCGGACCAAGAGAACCUUCGAGCAGCACGUGCUGUGCGAGUUCAGGGAGCUGCUGCGGCUGUUCGUGGACUGGACCCGGCGGGACCGGUUCUUCCAGCCCAUGACCCCCCUGGUGGUCUCCACGGCCAACGUGAUGAGCGCGGUCUGCUUCGGGAACCGGUACUCGUACCAGGACCAGGAGUUCCGGGAUGUGGUGGGUCGGAACGACAAGUUCACGCAGACCGUGGGGGCGGGCAGCAUCGUGGACGUGAUGCCCUGGCUCCAGUACUUCCCGAACCCCAUCAGGACCAUCUUUGAGGACUUCAAGAGGCUGAACCGGGACUUCAACCUGUUCAUCAGGGACAAGGUCCUGGAGCACAGGAAGACCCUGGAGUCCAGCACCAUCAAGGACAUGACGGACGCCUUCAUCGUGGCUCUGGACCAGAUCCGGGACCAGACGGGUCUCCCGGCGGCCAAGGACUACGUGUCUCCGGCCAUCGGGGACAUUUUCGGGGCGAGUCAGGACACCCUGUCCACGGCCCUGCAGUGGCUCAUCCUCAUCCUGGUCCGGUUUCCUAAGAUGCAGGAGCGUCUCCAGCAGGAGGUGGACAAGGUGGUGGACCGGAACCGGCUCCCGUCCAUCGAGGACAUGCCCCAGCUGCCGUACGUCAUGGCCUUCAUCUAUGAGAUGAUGCGCUUCACCAGCUUCAUCCCCCUCACCAUCCCACACUCCACCAUCACGGACACCUCCAUCAUGGGCUACACCAUCCCAAAGAACACCGUCAUCUUCAUCAACCAGUGGUCCGUCAACCACGACCCGGCCAUCUGGUCCAACCCAGACACCUUUGACCCCGAGCGGUUCCUGGACCCCCAAGGGUCCCUGAACAAGGACCUGACCAGCAGCGUCCUCAUCUUCUCCCUGGGGAGGCGGCGCUGCAUCGGCGAGGAGCUGUCCAAGAUGCAGCUGUUCCUCUUCACGGCUCUGCUCGGCCACCAGUGCCACAUCACGCCGGACCCGACCAGAACCCUCAGUCUGGACUACAACUACGGCCUGACCCUGAAGCCCCACGCCUUCUCCAUCGCAGUGUCUCUGCGCGAAGACAUGAGGCUGCUGGACGCUGCUGCAGCCGCCGCCCGGGCGUCCUCUGAGGGGGCGAGCGAGUCGUCAGACCCCACGAAUGAAGGCUGAAGGAGAACUUCAGCUCGUGUUUGUAG